CCUCGGUAUGCAGCAUCGGGAUACCAACGGUCUCGCCUUUCUUCCAACAUCCUAGCGUGAUCCGACGUCCAACAGCCCCGAAAAUGAUGGUCGAUCCCUUCGAGGUGCGCAUGCGCUUUACCGCGCAGCUGCAGCAUCUCAACGCCUCGGUGACUUCAUCCCAGAAAGCCGCGCAUUAUGCGCUCAAAUACCGCGAUAUGGAUGAAGACCUCCACUCUUGCAUCCUGGAGCAACUAGAACGGAACAACAUGAACAACCGCGCCAACAUAAUGUACUUCAUCGAACAAUUCUGCGACAUGGCCACGAAAGAAGACCACGCUCCCUACGUGCGCAUGAUCCAACGAGAUAUCCUCCGCAUUGUCGAUUCCGUCGCGCCACCCGACGGCUCCGGAGCAGCAAACGUCAAACACGUCCGUCGAGUCCUCAACGGGUUACAGAGCAAAGAGAUCCUGUCCUCGGAGACCAUCGCGGAGAUUGAUGCCGGGCUGAAGGACCGGGAAACGCACCCCGCGCAUCUGGAUUUGGAGGCUGAGGAUGGGGCGGAAGGCGGCACGAGGUCUAAAACGGGGACUCCGAGGGGCUCGAAGGGGAGCGGGAUGCGUGUGGAUAAACGGCAGAUUGAGCAGAGGAUUGAGGAGGAUCGUGAGAGGAAUAAGCGGCUACGGGAAAGUAUGUGGACGGUUAGUGGGGAUGAUGGGGAUGAGCAUGGGAAGUUCUGGGAUGAGGCGAGUGAUAUUGGGGAGGAUGAUUUUCUGGCUGCGAAUGAGGAGCUCAUGGAGCGUAAGCAGAUGGUUAGUGCCAGGUGAUUGUUUGCUUUGCAUGGAAAGAUAUACUGGUUCGCAAUGCUUUGGGAUGGUGUUUGGGCGUGGAUAUGUUUUUGGACUAUGGAGCAUAUGGGAUGUGGCGUAUGAAAUCAUUUCUACAAGGCUUGGUCUGAGUGCAUCACUUAUGGAUUACAUACAGCAAAUCAAGAUAAACG